GGGAUGUGAGGAAUGAGGAUUCGACCGCGAACCACAGGCUGAGUUGGACGUCCGUGGCCGAGGGAUUCUGAAAUCUUCUAGAAUUUUCGCGGUAUAGUAUAGUAUCUCACUACGAUUUAAAAUCUCAUCGUGCCGUUUGAAAUUGGGCCGUAUCAUAUCCGUCUGGGUGUAGGUCUUAUAAAGAAAAGAAGAAGUGAGGGGUGUGAGGUGUGAGCAUCCUCAUUUCUUGCAUCAGUAAUCAGUUACUUCGCAAUUCGCUGAAUUCGCAAUAUUCGCAUUGUCUGCCAUUGUUGGAGGACAUCGUUGUAUUCACAUAUAGAGUGUGGAAUAUCAGCGCAGCUCUUCAAAAGAAUUUGAAAUUUUUCUCAAGAUACUAACAAAAAACGAAACAUAUAUAAUGGAAGGGAAAGAAAUUUCUGACAAAAGACAAGUUGAGAAUAUUUUUGCUGACAAUGAGAUGUCUUCAGAAAAGAAGCAGGCAUCAUCAUUCUUAUCUUCGUAUACCAAGAGCUAUUCUAGCACACAGAUAGAAUCAAUUACAUUUGAGCAUUCAUGGAAAAUCGAUAAAUUUAGGCUAGUUUUUCAAGCUACAAAUAUAUUACGUUCUCCACGAUUUCCAGAAAACGGUGAAAACAUGAUUCAAGCGAAUGCUAUACUAGAAAGCGAAUGCUAUGCUAAAUCUAAAUUUGUAAAGGCGAUCCAACUUUACAUACGUACUAAUACAGCAUUUAUCGGUUCAUGUACUACUACUGUAAAAAAUGUCAAUUAUAAUAGCGAUUUAUCAAAAUCGAUUUCGGGUCAUAUGAAGGAUAUGACAUUAUUAAUAGAAAUUUCGAACCUUAACUAUAACGAGUUCAUCACAGCGUUAGAAAUACACUGCAAGUUUGAAAUUUGUCAAAGAGUAAUAAGUAAAUCUAUGCAUAUGAAUUUGCUACCAUUCUCAACAAUAUAUUCAAAAGAUGUAAAAUCUGAAGACUCAACACUUAACCAGUUUGAACCUGAGAAUAAGAACCCAAUCAAAUUUAUAAUAAGUGGAGAACAAUUUGUUAUACCAAAAACAAUGUUGUAUGCUACCAACAGUAACUACUUUAAGAAUAUCUGUCUUACAUACAAAGAAGACGAAAUAGAAUUGACAAAUGAAUUAAUGAGAAAUAAUGAGGUACAAGCUUUUAAAUACCUUUUGUUAUUUAUUUUAACUGGUUCAAUAAAAGAAAUACAAGUUAAUUAUGACAUGCUUAAAAAAUUGUUAACAAUAGCCAAUAAGUAUGAUGUAUCAGCUUUAAAAGUAAUGUGUGAACAUUAUUUGCUACAUUGUAUUACGAUUAGAAAUGCUGUGGAACUUAUACGAUUUGCGUUUUCGUCUAAUGCAAAAUUUUUAGAAACACAUUCGGCAGCUUUUAUUAAGUUUCAUUUAACAGAAAUCACGAAUACUAAAGAAUUUCGAAAUCUAUCGCAAAAAGAUUCAAGUAAGAUAAUGGAAUUGAGUGAGAAAAGUGAAAUACAUAAAACCAAAGCUCCAAAUGUUUUUUCGAUACAGGUCUGUGAGAAAUCACAUACCUCCACAAAACGUCCUAAAACACAUAUCUAAAAAAAAGUCUCUAGGACGUAAAGGACGUCUUUUGGAUGUUGUGCUGUUUGGGAUAUUAAUUUUACAUCGGCUCUUUUUUUAUAUAAUGCAGUCUUGGAUAAAUUUACAGAACUGAGAAAAAUAUUUUUCUCUAAUUAACAAAAUGUUCUUUUUUUUUUAAAUAUAUUACGAUUUCGAAAUUUUUAUGUAUUUUUUAUGUAAAUAAGUAUUAAUACAAAUUAAAAGUACAAUUUACGAUUUGAGCUUCUGAAUAAAACAUUAAUUAUAUUUAACAAU